UAAUUAAAGACUAGGCUGUAUGGGCAUUGUUCCCUUUGCCUUCACUAAAACGGGAGAACUUCAACAAAAAAAAAUAGGCAAGUGUCAAAAUUUGAAAUUCGCGUUUUGUGUUUACAGGUUAAGUUUCACGAAAAGCGGAAUAAAUAAUUCACUACAUAUGUUGCAAUUAUUGUGAAAAUACAAUGGAUUUAAUACCGACAAAGUUAUUUUGUGUAGUAUUAUUAAUUUUCUGUGUGCACAUAUGUGAAGGUGCGAAAAUUAACACACCAAGAGUGCUUUUACCAUGGUUCGAAAACUUGACUGUUAAUUUUACCUUUGAAAUCAUCGAGGGAGGAUGUUAUACUUGGAGCUUGUCUCGCGAUGACAUCAUAGAUCUUGAACCAUUGUACGAGGACACCUGGGGUCAUUGCUCACAAGCUGCACGUGUGUCAGUAUCCAAGACAUGUGUUCCACCUGGCUCAGUUAUCAUCUUGGCUGAAGAAGUAAAUUCAGGCGAGAUAUUGCGUGGUGAUGUAAGCAUUGAUGAGAUAAGUUCCUUAAAAGUAACAAGUACAACAUGGAAAUUAUACCUUGAAGAAGCACCUGAAGCUUUUGAAGUUGUUGCUUAUGAUGACAAGGGUAACAAGUUUUCAACUUUGGAAGGGGUAAGCUUUACAUGGACUAUAGAAAAUCUUGGUAAUAAUGUUGAUGAAGAUAAUAUUGUUACUCUUGUUCGCUGGCGAGAUACUGACUAUGAGGCACCACAAGGGGUAUCAGAACUCGAAUCUCAAGGACUCCGCUCACGCACAGUUCUAUUGUAUGGUCAGGCAAUUGGAGAGUGCCGAGUAACUGUAUGCCUAAAUAACAUCUGCACAGACUUCAGUCUUCAUGUGGUAGCUAGUGUUGUGCUUACCCCAGCCACAGCUAUGAUUGCACCAGGCGAUACUUUGAGAUAUAGAGUAGUCAGAGCUCGCGCAGGCCGUCUCACCAUUCAAGAUGUCGCUGAGACUUUCUACAGUAUGAAAGUGCCUCAAACAGGCGUCGCAUUUCUGGAGGAUACUAUUAGUUUAGUUCGCGGCACUGAGGUGGGAACAACAGCUAUAAUGCUAAUGUCUGGAAUAACCGAAGUAGCUACUGCGACACUAACAGUGGCUGAACCACAUGCAAUUAGAGUUCACAUUCGCCCAUCAAACCUUGUGAUCCAAGGAGAGAACUUCAUUGUCCAUGCAAUAGUUUUAGAUAGAAAUGGACAUGCUUUAACUGCUGGCAAUGAGAUUUUGAUCAGGUUGACGGUUGAAGGAGAGGCUAAUGUUGACUUGAUACAGUCUACAGAGAAUGGUACUCUGACUGAUGCAGUAGCACAGAAUGCAGGACCUUUUAAGAUAACGGCACGGCUGCAUUCUAUUGCUGGGAAAUUAUUGCAUAAGAAAGUUGAAGGUGAAGUAUCAGCUGUGGCAGUGGAAACUUUGAAAGUACUGCCACCAGAAUUAUUUGUAGCAUGGACUGACAAUAUACAAGAUAUACCAUUAAGAUACAGUGGUGGUGGUGAUGAACCAGUGGUUUGGUCAGUGGGGGAGAUGUCUAGCCAUGCUCUUUCAGUAACUCCAAGUGGUAUUCUUACAGUCAAAGGCAUUGGUGAAAUCGAUGUUCGCGUGCAUUUGAAGAACUAUCCCCAUGUGCAAGCUUAUGGAAAGGUUUACUCCGCGACGCCGGAGUUGGUCCAGGUGUCGAGCUCUGGUCAAGCUCGCGUUGGUCGUCCGCAUCUAUUGCACGUAGCACUAACUGCCACGCGAGAAAAUAAUCCGGGGGAGCUUUACAACUUCCAUGUCUGUAAUUGUGCGUCGUUCGCCGUAUCUCUGUUGGAAGGCCCAGAACCUCAAAACGUCACUGCUGCUACGUGGGUUGAGCCUAUCGAGGGCGCGUGCUGCGUACUACAGUGCGCGUGGCAGUCGCGCGGCAUCUCCACGUUGCGAGUGUCUCGCGGUCGCGCGGGCGAUACUACGCGAGUGGCGGUGCGAGCCGCGCCCGCGCUACUGUGGCCGAGUAACGCCGCCGCCACAGUACAUGCCUCUAUACCGGUGUUGGCAGAUGGCGAAGCCCUAAUACCGCAUUCAAGCGAGCCUCGAAUUGCAGAGCUCUCGUAUAGAGAUGGCCCUCGUCCACACCAGUAUCCUGAUAUACAGCUGUUUACAAUGAAAUGCCGUAGGAAAGGCGACUCCCGUUUGGAAUUGGUCUCGCAAAUGGACGACGAACGCGAGUCAGUCGAGUUUGAGGCCGCCUGCGCGCCGCACGUGUCUCGCAUACGUCUCGAGCCGUCAGAAACGCCGGGAAAUUGCAGCGGUGGACCUAAAGUAUGGCUUCGACCGGGACACGAGGUGUCAGUCAAAGUUACCCUUCUAGACGCGAUCGGUAGGGAGCUACUGGACGAACGUGGCCCCAAAACCUCAUGGGAAAUUGAACCGCAUAACCGGGCGAUAGAGUUCAAAGCGACAGAUCGACUGUUCAUUGAAACGCACCCGGACUACGCACCUGUACCUGUACCUUAUAAAUAUUAUCAGUUGGUGACUGUGGAUGAAAAAGCAAUCGGUUGGAAUGGUGCCUUAAAAAUGAGCAUUCCCGAAGCUACGGCGAGUAUACAGGCACGAGUCGUGGGACCAUUGAUAUGUGACCCUAUAAAGGUGAAUUUAGCUUGGGAGGGCGAGUCAGUGACCGACAUAGUGUCAGUAACAGGCGGCAGCGGUCGCUAUUCCGUAGAGACGCCUAAAGGCGUAUCGGCGACUGUGAUCGAAGGAAGUCUCAGUGUCCAUGUCCCAGGGCCGGGAUCUUACGAUUUGGUCGUCACUGACCUCUGUGUUUAUGGGGAGAAGCAGAUUGUUGAGGUCCAUAUUGAAGAAAUCCUCAGCGUGGAAGUGUCAACAGCUCGCGCGAUAUGCGUCGGCGGUUGCGUUCCAGUGGCGGCUCUAGUUAAAGGCGUAUCCCAUCGAUACUUGUCUGCCAGCCACUCGCCUGAGUGGAGAGUGAACGGGGAUGUGUUAGUGAAGGAUGGCACUAUAUGCGGCCUGCGAGAGGGAACGGGACGGGUGCGGGCCUCGUUGGGCGGCGUGUGGAGUCCUGAGGUUGAGGUGCUGGUGUUCCCCCCACUCGCCAUAGUUCCGGGGAAGGCCCGCUUGCCCCCCGGCGCCAGGCUGCAGCUGCGUCACCGCGGCGGUCCGCCCCCUCACCUCGCUUCGUUGCAGUACAGAGCUACCACUAGGCAGGAUCACGUCGAGGUGUCACCUUCUGGUUUCGUGCAUGGCUUGUCUAUGGGCUCGGCUCGAGUCAAACUUGUCGCGACAGACAUAGCCAAUGUAGAAAUGGCCAGCGCCGAAGCAGAAGUGGAGGUGAUAGCAAUAUCCGGAUUACGAGUACGCGCGGCUACACAGACGCUGUUGGUCGGCUCGCCCGGCCCCGUGUGGGUGGAAGCCGGAUCACUGCCCCCUUCAGCCCUCGCUUCACUUCACCCCUCACCUCGCCUCACGUGGUCCCUGCGCGACCCCACCACUGCGAGGAUAUACACCACCCACGCUGACGACUUCUUAGAGAGGUCGGUAGCUGAGGGUCUGUCAGUGAGAGUGGUGCCUCUGAAGCCGGGAGUCAUCACUAUUGACGUCCGAGUCAGGAACAUGGGACAGGUGGCUGAAACACGUUCCUGGGACAGCACCAUAGAGAUCCUAGGCAUAUCAGAUAUAAGAGUAGCGGUUGAAGGCCUGUCCAAAGACUUUAAAGCCGGUGACCGUUUAGCCCUCGCCGUUGGUUCUACAAUUAGGCUCAAAUCAUUGCCUAAGUGUUAUUGGAAGUCGUACUCGGAUGGCGCUUUUGAUAUCACUUCAAAUGGGGAAUUGAAUGCGCUUACGCCGGGUCAUGGGGUCGUAAUCGCUCAACAUAAGGACGAGAGAAACAACAUUUAUAGAGAAACGGUUGUACACGUAGAAGUGGCAGUGCCUCAUUAUUGCACAGCGGAGCCAUCUGGCGACGCGGACGAAAACGCUUUAAGAUUAGUGUCUCGAGAUUCUAUAGGACGGGAACUGAUCGCCGCAGCUAAUAAUAUUACUGCAUUCGCGCCUGGAUCGCUUGUUAGCCACGUCAGAAGAUCUGUGGAUAGUGCUCUUGGAAGCGAACUAUUGAUUCCCAAUCUGGACUCGACUGGUGCGUUCGUGAGUUUCCAAAGCACCUUGGGUGGGGUCACUGUGAGGGACGAGGUUUGGGUCACAGGCAGCGACACUAGGACAGAUCGAGUUAUUGCGACCAGUGGAUGGGGGAUUUGCCUAGAAGGCGUUGGCUGGAGAGCUCCUCCCUCCAUAUCCGUAUACGCGGGUAGUGGGGUAUCACUCGCCAUACUUACUCAAGACAUUACAGCUAAGCACCAACUCAAGUUAGACAGACCACCGUUAGCGCAAACAGUGCAGCAGAUACCCUUCGAUAAGAUGUCGUUCGCUGCGGGCGAAUGGCCUGCCUCUAUGGUCCCGUUGUCUAUAGAAGCGGGUGGAUUGACAGACGGGCCGUUGCUGUGCUCUGAAGACCAAAAGUACGCAUUGGAAGGCUUAGAAGUAGAACUGCCUUACGCUUGUAGAACUAAAGCGCCGCAUACUGCUGCCCCCGUAUUGGAUAUAGCCAACGGUCAGCUGGGUUGCACCAUAGUACCUUCAGCUCCGAUCACCGAUCCCGCUGAAGUGGAACUAUGCGCCGAAUGGGGAGUCUCUCGUACUUGCACCCGCGUUUUAUUAUUACCACAGAUACACGUCUCACACAACAAAGUCUCACUUCUACACCCACCUACCACUUUCUCCAUCACCGGCCAUCCUAGAGCUUUGAAACUGGUCAAGAUUACCUCCUCGCCGGGUCUGAAACUCGAUUUGGUGUAUAAAGAUAGUGAGAUAACAGUGGUGGUGAAGAAUGAAGCUAGCACUUGUGGUUUGGGGUGGGUUAAUGUGAGAUCCAAGCUUUCCGGGCAGGAAGUGAGAGUGGAGGUGGAGAGGGAGUGCGAUGUGGGCUGCGGAACUUUACUUGGCGCGAUCUUCUCUAUACUGAAGCCGUAUCUGCCCACCUUGUUCACUGUGGCCGCAGUCGCGGCUACGUAUCUUUACAUUCAAUCGAGGCUUCAGCAGAAAGCUCCGAUCCGUAUGCCUACGGAACCGAUACAGACUGUUCUACCGGCGUCUGUGGAAACCACCCCUCCCUUCAGAAGGGGUAGAACGUUCUCCAGGAGCCCGUACGCUUCGAACGGUCCCUCGUCACCGGUAUACGGGGACGCGAGUACGUUACCCGAUACUAGUUUCUCACCAAACACUACCAGAAUGCAUUCGAGAUUCCUAUAACAUCUAUAAAAUCCGAUAGUUAGUGAACUAUUUUUUGUACGAUGAAUAAAAAAGUGAGAUUUGACUGAAUAAGUGUGAUUUUGAUUCACAAUAUUAACCACGUUUAUUUUUACAAGUGGUGAAGUGUGUUUUUGACAUUAGCUAUUUUCUAUUAAAACGUUCCCUAGAAGCUUCUUUGCUUCCAACGGACAUUCGUCACCAUUGAAUAGGGACGCAAGUGCAUUAUCAGGUACUAUUAUAUCACCAAACACUACCCGUCUUAUUUCAAAACGUGGACUAAAUUUAGUCUUGGUUCAAACCUAAUGUUGUCUCUGUCUUCUAUUUAGCAUACAAAGGUUUUAGUCCUGGUUUAACUUUAGUCAACGUUUUGUAUGGCGGCACGAGAACAAAUUCGAGGUCACUAUAACAUCUACUUAAUCCAAUGGAUAGUGAAGCGUCUUUUGUACAAAGAAUAUAAAAGUGACAUUUUGACGGUUUAUCUAUCUAUAAAUAUAAUAAAAUAGUAGGAAAGUCAAAACCGUAAAUUUAAUAUUUUUUAAAAAAAUACUUGGGGUGUGAUCUACAAUCGACACCGAAGCCAAAAAUAUAGUCUUUAGAAUUUUUGUCUGUUUGUCUGUAUGGUUGUCCGGGAAGUACUGCAUGGAUUUACUUCAAAAUAUGGCAUGAAUAUUAUAAAGAAGUCGGGUCAACAUAUAGGCUACAUAUUAUCACGCUAUCACCUACGGGGAAACAGCAGUGAACCUUUAUUUCUAACUAACUCCACGCGUACGAAUUCGCGGGCGGCCGCUAGUUAAGAAUAUUCGAACCACGUUUUCAGUGUUCAUCUGCGUUAAAGAUUAAUGUUGCAAAUCGUUCAAAUCGAUUUUAUGAUAUUGGUUGCUUUCAAUCAAAAGCAACCGGUUGUUAAAAUUUCGUGUUUAAUUAAUAUUAAUGUUUUGUUUAUUGAAUGAAAGUGACAUAAAAGGAAUUUGUGACAUCGGAUUGUUGAUUAAGAAUAUUUGUUUAUGGAUUUUGUGUUGGAUGUUUGUUAAAUGAUAAGUUUCUGUCAUUAUUUGCUUUUAAUUUAAAGCAAUGGAUUGUUAAAACUAAGAUAAGGAUAUUAGGCCAGGGUCGAUAGAUUUUGAGAAAAUUUUCCAUAGUAAUGUAUAUUUUUUGUAUACCAUCAGAAAGAAGAGGUCCCAACUAACCACAAUCGCAACAACUUUUUUUAAAUAGCAACUUUUUGAUGCGAGAUUUAAAAUAAGGUUACUUUUUCGAUAUAAUAUGAAAAUUAGCAGUAAAAAUAAAUAUUUUCAAAAAUUAGAACGUGUUUGAAAUUUAAAAAAGGUAAGUUUUCACCAAACUUCGUGAAAAAAGAGUUUUUUUUUGUGGGAGUUAUAUAGAUAUAUUAUCUCCCACAUAAAAAAGUUGUAGAUCUUGUAAUUACCUACAAUUUUGCCUUUGAAAUUUGUAUAUACCAUUUCCGACCUCAAACCGUCUGUAAAUUAUUUUUCCUCUUUCUUUAAUCUGUUCACUUCUGCUUUUGAAAUGGGUUUCAGUCUGUUCUGAUUUUUUUCCACUUUUUAGCUUAGUCAAAGGCAUUCGCCCUGGCCUAUAUAUGCUUUAUACAAGUACGUGAUGAUUUUGUGGUAAAUAUAAGGUGAUUACUUUAUUGUGUCUGUGUGAUAUAGUCAAAUUAACAUAAUGAUGAUUUUGAAUGAAACCUCAGAAACUGCCAUGUUUUCGCAUGGUGAAUAAAGAUGACUACUAAUUUACUUAAUUUUAUAGUAAUACAAGUAUUAAAUUCGGUUCAAACAUAUUAGUGGAAAUAGUAUACAAAAUUGUUAAUCAGUGUGGUAGAUUCUCCUGAGUUUGAAUUUAGAUUUAUUUUUUACUAGUUAAAAAGAACUUUCUGUAAAAAUAGAUUUAUAAUCUGUCUCAACGCAGUUGACAGUAUUUUAAAUACUAGUACGACAUGAAAUGGGUACUUUUCUACCUCGCUCACACUUGUGGCACAUAAGCCGUUGACAUCUCAUCACAAGGUACUGUAGUCAUAGAGGAGUGGGGAAGGCGGCUCUAAAAGUGUCCGUCUAAUAGAAAGAGAAAGAAGAUUAGAGGCCGCUAGCUAUCUCUUCCCUUGUGACGCAUGCGCAGUCGUGUGAUUUCUUUUCAUAGAGGUAUAAGGUAUAAGAUGCUUACGGUUGCCAAUGCGCAUGCGCGAUUAGAGAGAGGAAGCUAGCGGUCUCAUCUUUUUUCUCUCUUUAUUAGAGGGACACUUCCACUUGUAGUAGAGUCUAUAUCUCCCCUACUCUAUUCUUAUACCUCUAUGACUGUAGUGCCGUACCUGUUGUGAUUUUUCCUUCCGGACAGUUCAGUAACCUCUCAUUCUCAUUACUCACUCGUAUAAUACUUUAAAAAUUUCAAAAUAUCAUAUAAUUAGUAUUAAGCAACAC